AUGUCAUCUUCUACCAGAUCAAACACAGAGACACUUGUCAGUCCCAGGUCAUCAGCUUUCAUACCAUGCCACCCACAGUCUGAAUAUGACCCAUCUCUCAGUGGAAACGAUAGAUCAAGAAUUUCUAUGUUAUCGACAGACACGAGAAAGUCCAAGAAGGAAAAAUCACGAUGGUUUACUCAGGUCAAGGAUUGGUUAUCAGUGAGUGAACCAUCAGCACAGGCCAUGAAGGAACAGAAGAGGAACACAUACAGACGGCAUAAUAUCGACAUGAAGGAUCCUCAAGCGGCAGUCAAGCUGCAUCUGCCUAUUGGGAAAAUACCCGACGACGCUAUCACUUCGACACGAGGACCCAGCCCCGAAAAAGCACUCGAGCGUGCACGACAGCAACGCGAAGAGGCGCAAUCAUAUUCAGGGCUCAGCCAAGCGUCUCAUUCGGUGUCGAGUAGUAUCAGUACAGUCCCCAGUGCCAAGGAAUACAAUCCUGUUGCUCCCUGGGACACUUGA